AUGAACCGAGCUUUCAUGAAAGCGAGUGGAGGAUAUGAUGAGCCCCAUGUUCCACAGCCAUGGGAGGAGAAAUGCCAGAGCGAAGGAGGGAGGGCGCUUGAGAAGUUCCGCUUCAACCUGGAGAGGAAGGACUGGACUCUGGGAAGGGAUUACGGCGAGGAGGGAAUCACCAUCAAGUACUUGUUCGAUCAAGAGACGAAGACGCAUUUCCUCUUGACCGAGGUUAUCUCUCGCGUUCUCUCCGCAUACCAAGUGACGAAGCCGAAACUCGGGGGAUUCUUCGCUCGUCGGGACAUGGUCGUUCUUUCCCGUACCGACAAGAUCCAGGACACCUACUUCAUAUCCUUCACGAGCACCAAGUGGCCCGGCCUGGAACCGAGUGACGGUGUGGUCAGUUUCGCAACGGCUUCUGAACUAGAUGUCCUCAGAGCUGUGUCAUUGGCGAAAAUGGCGAUCCCGAUGAGAAAUUCCCUCUCGCGCACGGAGAUUGCCCCAUCAGCAGACCAUCGUGCCGCGUCAUCCGGCGUCAUCCGGCAUCAUCCGGCUGCGAAGCGACCCCAGUGCAUUCGAGGCGGCGGAGAUUCGCGGCGUGGAUCGCCAUGGUGCGUAUGGAUCGCGGGGAUUCGCGGAAGCGUGGCCCGACUCACGUGA